CCCGGAGCGGCUCGGCCCGGCCCCGAGCGGCCGCGGGGGAUGGAGCCCUUCCUCGGCUGCACCGGCGCCGCGCUCCUGCUCUGCUUCAGCUACGCCGGUCUGCGCCCGGUGGAGGCAGACAGCCCGUCGGCUCCAGUAAAUGUCACAGUCAAACACCUGAAAGCCAACUCGGCCGUGGUCACUUGGGAUGUCCUGGAAGACGAAGUUGUCAUUGGAUUUGCAAUUUCCCAGCAGAAGAAGGACGUGCGGAUGCUGCGCUUCAUCCAGGAGGUGAACACCACCACCCGCUCCUGUGCCCUCUGGGACCUAGAGGAAGACACUGAGUACAUUGUGCAUGUCCAAUCCAUCAGCAUCCAAGGCCAGAGCCCUGCUAGUGAGCCAGUCCUCUUCAAGACCCCCAGGGAAGCUGAGAAACUAGCCUCUAAAAAUAAAGAUGAGGUGACAAUGAAGGAGAUGGCGAAGAAAAACCAACAGCUGCGAGCGGGGGAAAUUCUCAUCAUUGUUGUGGUGUUGUUUAUGUGGGCAGGGGUGAUCGCCCUGUUCUGCAGACAGUACGAUAUCAUCAAAGAUAACGAGCCAAACAACAGCAAGGAGAAAGCCAAGAGCGCCUCGGAGAACAGCACUCCCGAGCACCAGGGCGGGGGCCUCCUGCGCAGCAAGUUUCCAAAAAACAAGCCCUCAGUGAAUAUCAUUGAAGCAUGACAGCCUGACACCCGAGAGAUGGACUCCAUCCCUCACUCUCACUCUCUGCCUCUGAGCCGUGAUGACUGGGGAGGUGAAACGCUGUGGUCGGAGCAAUUUGGAAAACAAGACCUCCUGAUUGUCACUCGCUGGAAUCCACCUCCUCAUCUGUGUUCUGCAAAACAUCUGGCCAGGAAGGGAAAUCCUGCCAAAAAAAAAAAAAAAAACCUGACACCCAAACGAAGAAGACGGAGAAGAAUCAGCGAUGCCGGAGCGAUCCGUGACUCGCGAAUCACCUGGGCUGGAGCGAUGGUCUCCCACGCUCCUUUCCACCCUCACACUCCGUCUUCUGGGACAGUUUUCCUGUUUUUAGGAAUGCACAAGGUUCUGUUGUGUCUUUCUCUGGUCUCACUGUCACUCCAUCCCGGCGGUAUUCCCAGGCAUCAGGCACAUCCCUCUCCGAGCAGGAAGGGAGGGAAGCUCAUCGCAAACACCACCGAGAAGCCAAAUUUUGGCUGCUGUGUGCUCGGGCCUUGCUUUGUUCAUCGAUGUGUGUCGUGUAACACGUCUUGCAGGUGGGUUUUUCAAACAAAAACAAGAAAAAAAAGGCAUCCCCCAGUUUCCAUUCCCACCAGGAGAACUUCCCUCUGGUUGUUCUCCAGCCAGGCUGCAGCACAUUCUCCACUGUUGCUGUCUCUCCUAUCUCACACUGGUGCUCUUCACCUCAGAAAUAAUCGGGGAACGCUGAGGCACAGACCAACAUGAGGGGACACCAGAAGCUGUUAUUUAGCUUCCAGGAGAAUUUCAACCAUUUUCUUCGUGGUGUUUUCAGCUGGGCCUGAGUCCACCACCAGUGGGAUAAAAGGUCCAUAAAAAAUGUAGCCAGUCAGCAAAAAAAAAAAAUAGACAAAACACCUGAUGAUACCGGUUGCUAUGCAAGGUCUCCAGGGGCAAGAGCUGUUUAUUGUGGAAGGCUCUGGCCUGAGGGGCCUUUUUCUGAGGGCUUAAGUUCUUAAAAUGCUUCUUUUAGUAACGUUUCUGUGUGGGAAGGGCUGGUUCUCCUCACACGUCCUGCCUGCGCUGUUCUGGUGACGUUGGAAUGGCAGGAGUCUGCUGGAGAUAGUCCUUCCCAAAAAGGGAUGAGGGUGGAUGGAUGGAUGGAUGGAUGGAUGGAUGGAUGGAUGGAUGGAUGGAUAGAUGGAUGGAUGGGAAAGGGGAUGGGGUUCUCCUCUCUCUUAGGAAGUGCUUGAUGUUUGUAAGCUGACAGGAUCCCUGGGGAUUGCUGGUGCUCUGGAAAGCUGGUAGAUGCAGGACCAUCACAUGAAAAAGAUUUACUCUUUCUAGUGUGCCAUGGGGUAUCUGUAUUUAUUUAACUCCUCCACAAGAUCACUCCAUAUGCACUAGGGGAUGAGGCAGGAUCCGACUCGUUUCCAUCAAAUGCCAACAGAGCUUGGCCUGAGGAAGGUUUGGAACUUGUCACAACAAACCUGCACUCAGAGGAGCCUGGGUUGGGAGUCCCUGCAAAGGAACAGCCUGGCAGUGAGGAGCUGCCAUCUCUCCUCUUCUGCUGUCACCAACCUUUCCCAAAGAGCUGCUUUGGGAGAAAGGCACUGGGAAGUUCACCUGCAGAUGUGCUGGUCUCAGCCAGGCCAACCCCAAAGGUGUCUCCAGUGGAUCCUUUGCCUGAACAUACUCUUCCAUCACCAAGAAGGAGAGGUCACCACCUCUGAUACAGACAGAGCAAUAAACAUUUUAUAAUGUACAAUAAAAGAUUAAAGGCA